UAUGGAGACUCCUCGGAGAGUGCAGCGAGUCUGGAAGCUCGUUUGGUUUUAAACAAUUCAACUAAUAAAAAAAUAAAACACACAAGCGCGGUGUAACCCAGCUGGGACAAUGUGGUGGGGUUAAAGAGCGCGGCUUCUGCCCCGACGUCUCACACCAUGUUCGCAGAGGCCAGUCUGUCUGUCUGGGGAUGGGGAGGCCUGGCAAUCCUGCUUUUCCUCAUCACAUUUGGACCCUUUGCGAUAUUUUAUUUGGCUUUUUAUAUCUUCUGUUUUCUCGGCGGGGGCUUUGCUGUCACGCUUUUAUUUGGAAAGACAAAUUCUGAAAAACACCUGGAGAAAUGUGAACACUCCUACCUGCCCCCCACCCCAACAGGCAUAGCUAAGACUUUAGAGGAGCUGAAGCAGGAGACGAAACCCAUCAAAAUCGACCGGCGUCUGACGGGAUCCAACUUCAUCGACGAGCCUCUACAGCAGGUGAUUCAGUUUGCUCUGAGGGACUACAUCCAGUACUGGUAUUACACACUGAGCGAGGAUGAGUCCUUCCUGCUGGAGAUCCGACAGACGGUGCAGAACGCUCUUGUGCAGUUCUCUACACGGUCCAAAGAGGUGGACUGGCAGCCAUAUUUCACCACCAGACUGGUUGACGACUUCGCCACUCACCUCCGUGUUUUCAGGAAGGCCCAGGAAAGGCUUAACGAGAGGGAGGACCCCAAACAACGGGAGUCUCCCGAGGAGCUUCUGGAUGCGUUCUUUGAGACGGAGGUUGAGAUGGAGAGGAAGAUCUGCAGAGAUAUAGUGUGCACCUCUCAUAAAGAUGAAGAAGGGUUCCUGCGGGAUCUGUGCGAGGUGCUGCUGUAUCUCUUACUACCUCCUGGAGACUUCCACAACAAGAACAUGAGAUACUUCCUCAGGGAAAUUUUGGCGAGAGGAGUUCUGCUGCCGUUAAUUAACCAACUAAGUGAUCCUGAUUAUAUCAAUCAGUUCAUCAUCUGGAUGAUCCGAGACUCCAGCUGCAACUACGAAGCCUUCAUGAACAUCCUGAAGCUGACGGACAAGCCGGCUGAACUGGAGGCUGUGAAAGACAAAGUGCAGGAGGAGCUCCAAUAUCUGCGCUCACUAGAUACCGCAGGAGAUGAUAUCAACACUAUAAAAAAUCAAAUUAACAGUUUACUCUUUGUUAAAAAAGUCUGUGAAACAAGAAUACAAAGACUACAAUCAGGAAAGGAAGUCGAUGCUGUGAAACUUGCUGCAAAUUUCGGCAAAUUGUGUAUAAUCCCACUGGAUCAUAUCCUCGUGCACAACAUAGCGCUUCAGUUUUUUAUGGACUACAUGCAGCAGAUGGGGGGUCAGGCAGCUCUGUUCUUCUGGCUGACGGUGGAGGGAUACCGGGUGACAGCACAGCAGCAACUCGAGGUUCUACAGAGCUGGCAGAAGGACGGCAGGAAGCAGAGUGGACAGACUAAGGGCCUGUUAAAGGCCGCUGCUCUCGGGGUCUAUGAGCAGUACCUCUCAGAGAAGGCGUCUCCUAGAGUGCAAGUGGAUCAGGCCUCUGUGGACAGACUCACUGAGAAACUCAACAAAGAGGAUCCGACCCCAGAGAUUUUCGAUGACAUCCAGAGAAAGGUAUAUGACAUGAUGUUAAAAGAUGAACGGUUCUACCCGUCGUUUAAACUGCACCCUCUGUAUGUGCGAAUGCUCGCUGAGUUAGACAUGCUGAAAGAGCCGAGCUACAGAGGAUCAGACGAUGGAGAUGGAGAGUCUUUUAAUGGAUCUCCGACUGGAAGCAUUAAUUUGUCUUUGGAUGACCUCACGAAUGCCACCACAGACGAGUCUCUGCAGCUUCAGGCUUUUAUCUCUGAUACUGAAACCGAGACUCAUCAGACCAGGCAACAUUUUUCCAGUCUUCAACUGUCCAAUUUUGGCGUGUGUAAUGACCACGGGAAGACCUACGCGCUGUAUGCCAUCACCGUCCUCCGUAAGAACCCAGACGGUAGCGAAGACAGCUGGAAGACCUACCGCCGCUACAGCGACUUCCACGACUUCCACAUGCGCAUCACCGAACAGUUUGAGAACCUCAACUCGAUAUUAAAACUUCCUGGGAAGAAAACAUUUAACAACAUGGACAGGGACUUCCUGGAGAGAAGAAAAAAAGACCUGAACGCUUAUUUGCAGCUGCUUCUGAAUCCAGAGAUGGUGAAAGCCUGUCCCAUGCUGAUACCUUACGUCCAUGACUUCCUGGAGAACAAGGCGUACAACAAAGGCAAGGGCGACUUUGCACGAAAGAUGGACACGUUUGUGAACCCUCUGCGUAGUUCCAUGAGGAACAUGUCAAAUGCUGUGAAGUCACUUCCUGACAGCCUCGCUGAAGGGAUGACCAAAGUGUCGGACAACAUGGGGCGCAUGUCCGAGAGACUGGGCCAGGACAUCAAGCAGUCCAUAUUCAAGGUACCACCUUUAAUUCCAAAGUCCGACAUCGACCCUGAGCACUGCCGAGUGUCCGCUCAGCUGGAUGACAAUGUGGACGAUAACAUCCCACUGCGUGUGAUGCUGCUGCUGAUGGACGAGGUGUUUGACUUGAAGGAGAGGAACCAGUGGCUCCGCAGGAACAUCAAGAACCUUCUGCAACAGCUCAUAAGAGCCACAUAUGGAGACACCAUCAACAGGAAAAUCGUGGAUCAUGUAGACUUCAUGACAUCUCCAGAACAAGUAGCUGACUACGUCAAGAGGUUUAGAGAUUCCUAUUGGCCGAACGGAAUCCUAGCAGAGACGCCACUACGCAGAGACAAGAACAUCCGCAUGAGAACAAGAGUAGCAGCAAAGACUAACCUACUGGGCAUCAUGCCAGACGAGCUAAAGCACAUCAUUGGGGCAGAAACUACACGCAAGGGCAUCCUCCGGGUUUUCGAAAUGUUCCAGCAUCAGCAGCUAAACCGCCGCCUGGUCUACGUCUUCCUGGAGGGGUUCCUAGAAACUAUGUUCCCUCAGUACAAGUUCCCCGAGCUGUUCAUCAAGCUGCACUCGCGCUCACCGCGCAUCCGCACUUUUUCACAAAAAGUCCGCACCUUACAAAAAAGGUGACGCAGCAGCCCAGGCAGCAGGAAGAACCGCUCACAGAAUAGGAGGGGCCGGCCCAUGGUGAGGCUGGAGCAAGACGCAGGGCUGGGUGUGUGUGUGAGUGUGUGUGUGAGUGAGUCAGAGAAUGGGUAUGAAGAUAUGCAUUAUGUUUGUGGGGUGUGUGUGUAUAUGCGUGUGUUUGUGUGUACGUGCGCAUUGUGGAUCACACACCUCAGCCCUCUCAGUCCAUCCUGUUCUUAAGAAAAGCACUGUAUCCACACGGCUGUAGCGUAGAGGAUUCAUUUUAGCGUUGUGGAGCGUCACCACUAAGAUGCUGCAGUGCCUGACCCGUAGCGUCAGCAUUUCAGUAUUUCUAUCUCAUUUUGUCUUUUUUAUUGUUAUAUUAUUAUUAUUAUUAUUAACAUUAUUAUUAUUUUGGGAGGAAGUUGCAAUGUCAGAUGAUUCCCUUUGGAUAAACUUGUUUGAAUUUGCAAAGGUCGAUAAACAAGUCGACUGAAAGACUUAAUGAUUUUAAAUAAUCUGGAGGACAAAUGGAAGGAGGGACAACUGACAUAGGUUCGCAGUGAGCCGCUUUGUUUUUUUUGUUUUUUUAAUCACGAGUAUACAUGUGGUAAAGAUUGUUUUUAGGGCUGGGAGGCGGGUUUUAAUCGCACCACACAUCACGUUUUAAACCGAGUGAAAUCAUAUCCGAACCACAUGAGCGAUUUAUUAACCAAAUAUACACACGUGCAGCGCUGACAAACAGGCCUUCUGAUUAAAGAGUGUUCAAUUAUCAUACUGUCAGAUGACCUUCUGUGAGUACAUUUCAGAGAAGACUCUGUUAGGACGCGUGUGCACAAGUUUUUGCACCCUGCGGGACUUUUACACGUUAAACAAUGUAUUCGUCUCUAGCAAACCUGUCUGUACUCAUCUUCCGUAUUCGUUCCACGGUUAACACACUGCACUUCCGUGGGGAUGUGUACAUGUUUUCAACACUAGUAGACUCGUGUAGCAUUCAUUUAAAGUCAGAAGUGUGUGCCAGUGCCAGUUAGGAACUCAGCCUUAAUUCUCUACAACCAAAAGAGACGUGUGUGUGUGCGCGUGUGUAGAUGUAGCUUACCUUAAACACAUCCACACGUUUUCAGAGACACAUUAAAGAUAUUCGGACCUAAUCACACUUUUAUUUCGAGAAUACGUCUUUAAUAUUUUGUGCAAUAUUUUUUUGUUUGUUUGUUGCAUGUAUUCUAAUAGUGGUAUAAAACCUUUUCAGAUUUAAGAUAAUGAAAUAAUCUUUAAAAAAAAAAAAUCAGAAUACAUCAGAAUACAUUCCGUCGUUGUAAAUGACUCGGCUUAUGUUAAAGACUUGUUUUAUAAGUCUGCGUUUGUUGUCUUUCGUCUCUCGGUGACCGUAGUGCUUCCUUUGACGAUGGAAUUUGUGUGUCCGUGCAUGGCUUACUCACUCCAGGAGACGAAGUGUCGUAUGAAACCAGCGGAAGUCUGUACUGAUUACGAGUUGUUUCUUUUGGGUUAUUGGGUCAAAUCUGCUAAAUUUCGUACUGUCUACCAGAUCUCAAUCGUCAGAGUAAAAAAUCAGGUUUCUCCUCUAGACUAGGAAGUGUGGCUUUCUAACCCGCAGUCACAUAACAACGUAACAAUUAGCACAGUGAACCUGACUAGAGGUUCAUCUUAAUGUUUUGAAAUAAUUAGCACUUAAAUCGUACAGAUGAGGGUUUCUGGAUAUAUAUUUUUUUUCACCCACGCACCAAUCACCAAGCAUUUUUUAUUUUUAUCAUCUCUGAUUACUGUAAAAACUCAUCAUUUAUUAUACAUUUUGGUUAAACCGAUGCUACGCGGCGUUGUUUUUAUUGAGUUUGCACACUCCGCUUUUACCCAGAACCCAAGUAAAAUGUUCUCCGCGAUGCAGAACCGCUCGUUUCUCUCGUUUCUUUUGUGUUUGUUAAAUCCCCGUAUAUAUGAAUCUUUAAUUAUUACCUUGUACAUAUCAGUGUACAGUAUGUGUCAACAGUGUGCCUAAAUGUACUGUCAAUUAUAUUUUCUUAUUUUUCUUUAACAAACAAACAAAAAAAAGAAGCUGAAUGUUAUGGUCAGUUGACUAAUAGAAAAGACUCUAAAAUGGUUUGCAUCCUGCUUCUAAGAUACUCCUUUUGAGCAGCAGAACUCAGUAUAACACUAAUAAAACUUUGACUAACUCA